AACCGUAGAAUUUUGCAGUAUAAAUUGUCGGACCGGCGAUCUAGGGCCUUACCGGCUGAUUGAAAAACGCUCCACACACAUCUGCGAUCUAGUUUGCCACGAUGUUUCGGGAAAUUGUUUUUUGUGUUUUGGUGUUCUGCGGCGUUCAGAUAUCUGAGGCAGCGGUAACUGGUUGGACAGCUCCGGGAGUUAUCGCUACCACAGAUGGGAGUUUUACGAUUCUAGCCGAGAACGCAAUAGCAGAAGGUAGCGCUGUUGGGACAUCCCUCUUUACAGCCACAGCAACUGCUGACAACGCCGUUGGCCCCUAUAUUCUUGUUGAUGAUGCGGGUGGUAAAGGAACGAUAGAUGGAGGCACUGGCGUAGUGUCCUUGGCAACCGGCCAGACGCUGGAUUUUGAAACUGCUCCAACUCUUAUUUUCGGAGUUAAGGCUACUGAUGGUACAGACAACGGUGUUGGAACAGCCACCAUUACCCUUACAAUUUCCGACGUCAACGAAGCACCAGCAUACGUAGAAGCACAAUUCACUGCUUGUGUUGAGGACAACUCUGGUGCUGACACGCUGGUAGGCACAUACACAGCCACAGAUCCGGACGCAGGCGAUUCCAUCACAUACUCCAUUGCCACUGGAGACACCAAUUCUGAGUUCGCGUACGGGACUGAUGGUCAACUGAAAGUGGCGCCAAGCAAGACGCUUGACAAAAGUGCAACGCCAACCUACACGUUGGUGCUACAUGCCACGGAUGACGACGCCGCACCCCUUAUCGGAACAGCAACGGUGACAUUGAGCGUCGAGUCAACAUGCAGCGGCGCGGAAGCCAUCGGUGCCAUGUUUGCGUCUGUGCUUCUGUCUGCGAUUUUUUCUUGUCUGAUCUAAAUUGAAGAGUUUGAAAAUUACCUUUCAGAGAAAGUUUUCAACAAGGCUGUGAUUUGAGAUUUAAAGACAAAUAUCGUGUGAAGAACUAGAAAUUAUUUAAAAUUAUGAAAAAAACAACACAAAAACACACACAAAUAUUUCUUAAACAAUUCGAUUGUGAUUUUUUUUAGCUAUAUCACCAUAUUUUCUAACUGCAAUUGGAAAUAUUUUAAUUUUGUAUAUUAUUUGAGAACCCCUUUACAACUACCAUGGGUUAUGGCAAGCCAUAUUUUCCAAUGAUAGUUCGCUGAACUGACGACCCGAUUCUAAAAUUAGCGAGGUUGCGAAACGCUACAUGUACAUGCACAUGAUGGCUUCUCUUCAAAUGCUAUACUUUCUAGUUAUGGGCACAAUUUGUAAAUCAUAAACUUGUAGCCGAUAUGAAUCUUACUCACACUGGUUUGAGAAAUUAAGCCAAACUCAAUAUACCCACGGUUACACUGGUACAAAAUUGAAUCCAAUCACAAGGACGCGCAAGCGAUGCCUUUGAGCCUACACGUACAAACAACUUUUGACACCAACUGCAACCUUUAGUGCAACUACACGCAGUGUUUCGCAAACGAGUUGUAAUCUCUGUUUUAUCUGAAGUGAUUUGCUGUAUACCUUCAAUUCAUGCUUUUAUUAUUAUACCUUGAUAUAUAUUUGUGAUCUUUGUACAAUGACAGUUUUGUUUCUUACGCAUACGGUAAUUGUAUUUUGUUAAAAAAUGUCAACUGUUUAAACUAUUAUAAGAUCAUACGAUUCAGA